GAAAACCAGUCCGUACAUUUGUUUGCACGAUGUCCUAAAAUAUCAAUCUAUGAGGACACUUAAACUUGAUAGAAUAUUGAAAACAUUGUCUAUAAAACCGAAAUGUUUUUGUUCGUAUUAUUUGCGUGUUUGAUUUGCUGUAAUAAAGGAGUAACAUGUACGAACUGUCCAAACGGUUGGAUCGCUCACGAAAGUUCGUGUUACCUCUUUGGUCAUGAGGACAACUUACUUGAUUUCACUACUGCCGAGCAAUUCUGUCGCCAGCGCGGCGGUCAUCUGAUUCACGUGGAUGACGCGCAAGAAAACGCCUUCAUAAAGGACCAGCUAAAUGAACGCAAACCUAUUCAUUGGUGGCUUGGCAUAACUGACGAAGACGCAGAAGGGGUCUGGAGAUGGUUUGACGAUGACACUGUGGCUGAAUAUACAGACUUUGAGUCGAAUGACCAUUCCCAUCCAGGAGAAGACUGUGGGUUGUUUGCAUCAAUCUAUGAGUUCAGAUGGGCUGACAUUGAAUGUACGGCUCACUACCCACCUCUUUGCGAACUUAGUGCACGCAACACUGAGGUCGAGACUGUUGGCUAAUAUCGAUGAGAUGACAUCUUGACACUUUCUUACUUCUUUUGUGUACAAGGACGAAUAUGUGUAAUUAAUGUACGUUUGAAAAUCAAUAUAAGACAUAACGUUUUUGGUUA